AUGAAGUCUUCUAUCAUCGCAUGCGGGCUCGUCAGCCUGGCCAGUGCCACAGCAAUCCCCAAAGCACAGAAACCUCCUGGUCACCCUAUAGAUCCUAACGCGCAACCGACACUGAUCUACGUCGACACUGCCACUGAAGAAGCCAAGGGCAAACGAUGCGGAACUUGGGAAGCCACAGAGGGUCAUAAGAAUACGUUCUGGCCAACCUGCACAGCGUGGUUGCCAGAUCCAUCGCACCAAGAGGACUACACUCUUGUUGUCGCUAGUAUAGUGAAAGGCAAAUGCCCGCAGUGGACACUACUAGCUAAAGGCAACUAUGUUACCCCAUACUGUGGCGGCCACGGCACAUUAUCCCGGGCCGAAAUCAUUCAUGCCACCGAGCAACCUGCACAGCAACAGAAGCGGGAAGAGGCCGUACACGGUCACAAAGGCAAAAGAAAUGUAGCAAAGGACGAUGAUGAGAAGCCUCCUUCGCCUCCUUAUGCCUCUGGCUCAGCCACCUCGACAGGCUAUGCUACUGGCUCAGUUACCUCAACGGUUCACGCAACUGGCUCAGUCACGUCAACAGCUUCCUCGUCUUCUGGUCCAGCCAUCGAAACAGCGUCCUCGUCGACUGGUUCUGUCACCCAAACAGGUUCUUCAUCUUCUGCGGUUGGCACCAUACCACCAACGGAACUAGUCAAGCUGAUCGCUCCUCUGACCAAGCAAGUCGAACAAAUUGAAGCCGAAUUGCGACCAGCCAAGGGUCAACUUCGUAAACUAGAUCCCACCAAUCCUCUGGCUAUGGGCGGUGCCGAAGAAGACGAAAGCAAGGAAGAAUCUAAGCAAUCCGAGGACAAACCCAAGGAGGACAAGAGAAGAGCUGGCCCAGAAGAUGAGGAACCGGAGAAAAGAAAUGAAGAGGAUCUCAAUGACGACCUUCGUGCCAAUCAUCUAUCCCACAAGAUCCACCUUCCUGACGAUGAUAUUCUUCGCGAUCCACUGAAACCCGAGUACAGGUUUCUCCAUGAUCCCGAAUGGACACACAUAUUCGAACUCGAGCAUCAAAACACCAAACGUCAAUUCCCUCCCGGACCGGCACCUAAAUUCGACACUGCAUCAGGUCAAACAGUAGCCUCUCUCACUCAAAGAAUCACGAAAUUGACUGAAGAGUUGAAGGUAGCGAAAUCUCAAUUGCAAGCUUAUCGCACCACUCAAAAACAUCAAAAUGAACACCCAAUGGAGACAGAAGAAGCACUGGGCUACGGACAAGGAACGACCAUGACGCCAGUGAGGCCAAAGCAGCCACAGAAGCAGGAACAGGCUGCGCAGGGAGCCACGGUGGUGGGACAGGGACAGAAAGGCGGUGGUGGAAGAAACAAGAAGGAGAAAGUGGAGGAGAAGGAGACGCAGGAGCGAAAGAGAAUGGUGAUCUGGAACUGGGACGCUUUGGAUUCGGAUGACAAGCCCAUGACAAAAUUUGUCCAGGACGAGUGA